CAAAUCAUACUCUUGAUUUUGGCCCAAAAUUAUUCUCUUUGGAGAGGCCCAACAUCAAGUUUAUGUCACACCGUCACAGUCAUCUUUCUUCGUCUCCGGCGAACUCUGCUUCUCUCCGACCAAAAAAAAAUUGACCGUGAUUCACACAACCAAACUCAAUUUCCCGCCAUCAAACUGUAGCAUCUGAAAUCCAUGAAUUCAAAAUAGCUCUAAUAUCUGUGUCAGUGUCGUCCAUUCCUGAGCCAACAUUCAGCAUGAACUAAAGAGCUAGAAAUGCUACUUGGAGAAAAUGAUCACUCUCCAGAAGUUGAACUUUAGGAUGACAGCUUUCCCUUAUUCUUUGCUUCGGUUGUUUGCUGUCAAUGGUGAUUAUAUAGUUUUCAGACACACAAGUCAGUCUGAUCGGAGUAGUAAGAAUGUCAAUCGGUCAGUUGGCUUUUUUUGGGGCAACAUAGAGAUUCAGGACGUAGUCAACCGCACUGUGUUUGCUCAGACUGCUCCAUUUUCUACCAUUGCUGGGACAAUCCUUGUCCAGGCUCAAGACCUUGGUAAAAUGUCUGAAGAGUUCGAAAAUGAUAUUGAUGAAAAUAAACUUGAUAAUGCAUGGGCUGUGUAUGAGAGGCACAUGCAAAUGGAAGGGUUUCCUAGAAAAUCAAUUGUUAAUAAACUUCUAGCAGCCAGUGCUGAAAGCUCAGAUCUUGGACAGCUGGACAGGGCUUAUGGCUUGGUUGAACAAGCAUUUGAGAAAAACAAGCAUGACUUGCUUGAGAGGAAUACUCUUAUAUAUCUCUCUUUAGCUUUUGCCAAAUGUGGAUCACCUAUUCCCGCAUCUACUCUUUUAAGGAAGCUUGUGGAAGCAGAGAAGUAUCCACCUGUGAGUGCUUGGUCUGCAAUCCUGGCUUAUAUGUCACAGACCUCUACUGGAUCCUACCUUGCUGUUGAAUUGGUCCUUGAAAUAGGUUACUUAUUCCAGGAUGGAAGAGUUGAUUCCCGUAAAAAGAGCAACGAAUUUCUGCUUUUCAUGAAGCCUAAUGCCACUUGUUUCAACAUUGCUUUAGCUGGAUGUCUUCUGUUUGGAACCACUAGAAAAGCAGAGCAGCUCCUCGACAUGAUGCCUCGAAUCAACUUGAAAGCUGAUGCUACUUUACUAAUCAUAAUGGCUCAUAUUUAUGAGAAGAACGGACGAAAGGAGGAGCUCAAGAAGCUUAAGAGAGACAUGGAAGAGGCCCCUAAUGUGACGGAGAUGCAGUUUCGUCAGUUCUAUAAUUGUUUGCUUUCAUGCUUUCUGAAGUUUGGAGAUCUUGAAUCUACAUCCCGCAUGGUUCUAGAAAUGCUUCGCAAGGCAGAGAAAGCUAAAAAUUCUCUUGGUAUAGCUAGUUUGCUUAUUGAGGUUUCUAGAAGUGGCGAUACAUUGUGUUCAAAUGGUCUUCCUGAGGAUGCCCAUCUUCGAAAGCCAGAUGAAUCAGGAAGUUUGGUAUCAUAUGAAGAUAUCUGUAGGGACAGAAAGUUUUCAAAACUGCAGACCAUUGCUAAAAACUUACUUGAUGUCUUGGUAACUAAGUUGCAGAAGCAAAUUGAAUUUAUUACAACUGAACAUGGUAUUCUCCAGCCUACUGAGAAAUUAUAUGUUAAAUUGGUAAAGGCUUUCCUAGAAGCUGGGAGAACAAAAGAUCUUGCAGAAUUUCUAAUUAAGGCAGAGAAACAAGAUUCUCCAGUUUCAGUUGAUGAUUCUGCCUUGGUUCAUGUGAUAAACUCUUGUAUUUCACUUGGAUGGUUAGAUCAGGCACAUGACCUUCUGGAUGAAAUGCGAUUGGCUGGUGUUAGAACUGGUUCUUCUGUUUAUGCAUCUCUUUUGAAAGCAUACUGUAAAGAGAAUCGAGCCGGGGAAGUUGCAUCACUGCUUAGAGAUGCUCGUAAAGCUGGGAUUCAGAUAGAUGCAAGCUGUUAUGAAGUAUUGAUCCAGUCCAGGGUGAUACAGAAGGACUCUCAAGGGGCCCUUGACCUGUUCAAGGAGAUGAAAGAGGCUAAGAUACCAAGAGCUGGUCAUCAAGAAUUUGAGAAAUUGGUGAAAGGGUCUGCAGAAGGAGGUGAAGCUAGUUUAAUGAUGACGCUUUUGCAUGAAAUCAAGGAAGGGCAAAAAGUAGAUUAUGGAGUUCAUGACUGGAAUAAUGUAAUUCACUUCUUCUGCAAAAAGAGGUUGAUGCAAGAUGCCGAAAAGGCUUUUAAGAAGAUGAGGAGUUUGGGCCAUUUUCCAAAUGUACAAACUUUUCAUUCUCUGGUCACUGGUUAUGCUGCCAUUGGCGGAAAAUAUGUCGAGGUGACAGAACUAUGGGGUGAAAUGAAGUCUCUUGCUUUUGCUAGUGGAAUGAAGUUCGAUCAGGAACUUUUAGAUGCUGUGCUUUAUACAUUCGUUAGAGGUGGUUUUUUUGUUCGAGCAAUUGAAGUCGUACAGAUGAUGGAGAAAGGCAAUAUGUUUAUUGACAAGUAUAAAUAUCGCACCCUCUUCUUAAAAUACCACAAAACACUCUACAAGGGGAAGGCUCCAAAAUUCCAGUCAGAAACUCAGAUGAAAAAGAGAGAGGCAGCAUUGAACUUUAAGAGAUGGGCUGGGUUAUGCUGAAGAUUCAUAGUCUAUAGCCUCCAGUGUAUUACCCUUCAAUACUGGGACUUGUUGCUCUGAUAGUUCCUAAAUGGGUUGACAGUGAAAUGAAUGGAUCUCCAUGUUGAUCCAAAUGUUUUCGACCCAUCACUUGAUGCUAGCAGAUCAAGACAUUUCCAUGGUUCAUUCUUAUUAAUUUCUGAUCAUUCAGUUCCUUAUCAUCAUAAAUGCCUUGCAAAAUAAGUCAUAUUGAUGAGAUGCAUUGUCCUCAACAUAGUAUCCAUUGUGCCUGAAGAUCAUCCGUUUAUUUGUGCUCUGGUAUGAUUUUGAGAGGUUCAGGGUGAAGCAUUUAUUUUGCUUUACAAUAAGAAAUUCAUCCAUUUAAUGUAUGGAGGCAGUAAUCUUCUAUUGAAUGGCUUAACACCUUAGGUGCCUGCAUUAUUCAACAUCCAAAAGAAGUUUUUAGUUUCUGCUAUAGCGGUGUAUAUAAUUGCACAGUGACAGACCUGCUACUCAUCACGGUUUCUUUAAGGGAACCUUCAACAUAUAUGCAAAAUUGCUGAAAAGAAGUAUUUCGGGAAUAAUUCUGCAAGCACUAAUUUUCUUCUUGAUAAAGGUAAAGUUGUAUUCCUCGGCAAUGAGGGUAUGCUGGCAACCACCAAAAAAAUUUACAGCAGUGACCCAAAAAAACCUACUCAAGAUAGCUGCUACUAAACUUAUAAAGAAGAAAAAAGAAAAUUAUAACCUGUCCAGCAUCCUCUACACCCUCCUCUUUACACCAAAAAGAGAGUCUUCAUACAAUGCCAUUUGAUCUUUUUCACUGAUUCUGCAGUGUUUUCUUGACACCUCUUGUUUCUUUCUCUCCAAAUAGUCCACCAUAUACAGGAGGGUAUCAUGUUCCACCAUUUCUUCUGGCUCUUACUCCCCCCACCCAGCAACUAAGAAGGUCUGCAGUGUUCUGACAGUGCUUUCAGCUUAUUUCUUCAGGGGUCUAUGGGGCUGAGUCACUUCUUUGCCAUUACUUACGUCUAGAGGAGAAAUCGUUGCAAAAAAUGGAAGAAAGAGCUGCUUUGGCUAAGAUAACUCACUGAAUCAUGAGGAUUUCCUGCAAUAUGUCAAGUAUAUUUCUCACUGGACUUGAGCACUCUUGGCCUUGUUCUUCGGUAAGAAAAUUCAACACAUGAUGGCAUUGAGAAGAUAUUGUGAGACGAAGUGUUUAAACAUCCCACUGGAAUUUGAUUUCUCCUAAUUGAUGUGUAAUAUGUGUGCGCUAUUCUAGCUUAGAUGGAUUCUGUAGUCUACUUAAACUUUUCCUCGCACACAUGUCAUGUAAGACUUAGUUCGCUAUUUACUUCUUGUAUUUUUGAGUUUGGUACUAUGAAGGUAAUGGGCUUUUGUGAUGUA